AUGGACUACUUCGAGACCCUCGCAAAAGCUCUCGACCCAAACUUCUUGGCCUAUGAUGAACCGCUGACACACAUUGCGGGUUUGCAGAUUCCACCCCUCAAGACACUCACCCUCAAAUCUCGACCUCUGACGAGCCACGCGCUCACUUUCUCCUGCGACGCCGAGCUCGCCGUUGCCGCCGACGACUCGAUCCACGUCUUCCUCCCCGAGUUCCCAACGCCAGAGGAGCCGACGUCAACGACCACAGCCAACAAGCCAUCCGCUCCCAAGGACCAUGCCGCCCAGGAAGCAGCAGAGAAGGACCCCGCGGGCCUAGCGGCUGCAGCGGCCGUCGCUGACGCUCAAGACGGCAGCAAGACGUCCCGUCAGCAGUUCUACACCUACAUCCUCCGCAUUCCAACAUCCCGAAAACCUGACCCGCGCAUGAACGCCGCGCUCUUCACCGCGCAGGACCUUGCUCCGCCCACGUACGAUGACGACUAUGCCACAUCAGCUGGCGGUGUCGCGGAGGACUUGUCCUCGGCCUUCGAAGGCGUCGGCUCAGGCACCGUCACGGGCUACGGAGCCUCUCUGAACCAGGUUGUCGCGAUCGAGUGGUCGCCCGCGGGACUGGGGCGAAACCUGCGCGCUGUUCUGGCGGUGAUGCUGACGAGCGGCGCGUUGCUCGUCUUUGGUGAGGGCGGCGGUGGUAUGGUGGACCUCGGGGCGCGGAUGAGAAAUUUCAGGGACUGGAGGAUUCUUUGGGGCGUCGGGGCGAACCUGCCGCUUCCGGAUGCCGGCAGCGAGGACGGGGCGUAUCUGCCAAAGGACAAGGUGCGGUCGUUCUCGUGGGCCAAGUAUCUGGGUCCCGGCCAGGCUCUGAUGGCGUACGCGACGGAUCAGGAGGAGGUUGUCGUGCUAAGUGUGCAGUACUACCUCCCGAACGAGCUCGACGAUGAGUCGGAUGCUAGAUCACAUAUCUGGGAGGUCGAGGAGCUCGCGAGGUUUGACGCGAGAGGGCCGCACCCGAGUAUCAAUAUCAUGGACCCCGAUUACAUCCCCUACACCUCAGCAUUCUCCCUGAAAUGGAGCCCCUGGCUUCGCUCCGAUGGCUCAAGGACCGCCGUUCUGGCGUACUGUGCCAGAAACUACGUUGGCUUCCGCAGGAUUACGAUACCCAGUAAGUGGGCACGAGGCGCGGGCCUCGACUUCGCAGUGGAGGAAGCAGACCUCACCGGCAUCUGCACGAACCUCCUGGCCGACGCCUUCGUUGAAUGGGAGGAAGCCAUCUGGGAUCGCGACGGAGCGAAGGUCUGCCGCGGCGUUAUCGCCUCUCCGUUCAAGGCUCUACCCUUCCAGGUCGCACUCAACGGGUCGGAAGGUACCGCCAAGGAGCUUCAUGCCACGAGCGUUUGUAACACAACGUUUCCUGAAGACACAACCUUGCCCGAUGCAACGAACCCUAUCAUGAGUAAGCAUCCCUCCGAUUAUUCCCACAGUCUUCCGGCGUUAAAUAGUGCUCUGCUAGGCCUCAUGAUCCAUCCUCCCGACUUAUCGAAACAGAGCAAGGCGCCCACUUACUCCCUCGUCCGCCUCUCCGCCACAGCAACAAACGACAACUGGUUCCAACAAAGCGUCGGCGAUCCCUCUUCUUCCUCCGCCACUGGGACCCUCCCCAAAUGGGCCGAGACAAUCUCUUCGACCGUCAAGCUCUCCGUCCCCGUCGCCAUGCUCAGCCGCGGCGUGGGCGCAGCGGGGGGUGAUGCCGAGUCCGUCGCUUCUGGCGAGGACUCCGACUCGGACGAUGACGACUUUGAUCUCCCCGAGGACGCCGGCGAGCAGAUUCACCCGCACCGGGUACGUAUGUGGGGCAUGACCAUGUCGCCGGCGGGUGGCAUGAGUGCCGUGCUCGUCUCGCAGCACAGCACGCAGAAACCGGAGAAGUCUGUCAAGACGAAAGUCAUGUUUGGUGGGCGUUCCAGCGCCGUGGCGGCGCUGCCUCCGUCGGGCGAUGAAAUGGAGGUUGAUGUGGAUGAAAUUGCCGGCGGAGAGAAGAACGAGGGGUUUUGGGCGAAACAGAGCACCGAGGCCAAGAUGUGGGAUUGGAUGUACGCCGGCGGCCCCGCCGUUCCUGGCACGCUUGGGUUCGGGGAGGGGGCGAGGGCCAGAGACGUCUCGUUGAGGAAGAGGUUUGAGGAGGUCAAGAAGCAGCAGCGGUGCGUCUUUUGCCAGACUUCUUUGAAGGAUGAGGGGAAAGAGUCGGUUUGUGAAAAGGGGCACAUCUUUGCGACCGGUCUCGCCAUUCUCGCACCUGGCAUCUCGCGGGCUUGUGCUGUCUGCGGUCUCCGUUGCCUUGUUGCGAAGGAGGUUGUCAAGAUCGCGCAGGAGCACCUGGGCCCUGAUGCCAAGGUAGAGGCCUCGGAGGAGAUGUGUGGUGGAUGUGGUGGCAAGUUUGUGGUAUGA